CCAAGUACAAAAAGUGACAGCGCAUUGCGCAAAGCGAAGUCAAGUGUGCAUGUUACACGGUUAAACAUGUUAAAAAGUUUUUCUGAAAUUUUAGUUUUAUGUUACAUUCGGUGCCCAAAUCGUUCCACAAGAACUGAUAUAUUGAACUUUUCUCCGUCUUGAUAAGUGACAUAUUUAGUUUAAAUAAAUAGUGAAUAUAUAAAAUAGCGUAUAUUGUAAGUAAGAUUCGUUUGGAAAAAACAUCAUCCAAAAUGCCUAAAGGAAAGAAAAAAGGAAAAUACGAGCACAGAAGAACAGAGCAGGCGUAUUCGUCGGACGAAGAUGCCGGCAUAGAUAUGACCAUAGACAACUGUUCCGAGACAUCAGGCCAGUCAGACCUCAAGAGCAUCAAUGAUGACGCAGGCAGGAAUGGCAGGCUACAAUGGGGCAGGAAGAAUGGAGAAAAUCGACUGACCAGGACAGAGUCUGUUGAUAUAGGACAUCAGCGUCAGGCGAUCAAAUGGAAACAAGGAGAAACUCAAUGGGGUGGACCUCGCUUUGUGAAGAUAGAGGAAGAUGUUGUUUACAAGCAGCCAGCUAACAAUUUCGAAGAAGAAAACGUACCAGAAGAACCUGAUAAAAAAAACGAAAUCCAAGAGAAAUUCGAAGAGAAAGUUCUAGAACUGAUCGAAUCCCUAAACGCUCGCGCAAACGCAGCUCGGGCCGGGGCCUUCGUGUCACUUCGGGCGGCCUUACAGAGGAGAGCUCUCGACGGAUUGCUGUCAUCUCACAGGGCCACGCUUGCCGACCAUGUGUCUAAGGCCUUGCGACGCGGGAAGGAUGGCGAGAGAAAAGCAGCCGCUGCUAUCGCGCCUUUGUUGGCUUUACAGAUCGGAGAGGAAGGCGUGGAGGAGUUUGUCCGCGAGGUGCGUCCCGCGCUCGCAGCCACCGCCAUCGACAAGUCCGCCUCACUCGACACACGUACUGAGUGCUGUUCAUCUCUGGCGGUGUUUUGCUACCUGAUGGAGGAUGACCUCUCUGAGAUCCUGGAGGUCAUGCGCAUGUACGAGACCAUCUUCAGCGGCAGCUAUCUCAAGGGUGACGGCAGCGUGAAGGUGUCCGGCGCGGCGGUGGAGGAGGGGCUGUGGCACGCGGCGGCGCUGGACGGCUGGGCGCUGCUGCUGCCGCUGCUGGCGCCGACCCAUGCUCUGCAGCUGCUCACCACACAGGCGCCAUCCUUUGCCAAGCUCGGGGAGCUGCUGGAAGCUGUGUCGCUUGAGGUCCGCAUGGCAGCUGGUGGUGCUCUUGCCAUCGCGUACGAGACAGUCACGGACGAGGAUGACUCAGACAGUCCGCUCUCGGCCGAGGUGGACGAGCUACUGCCGCGCCUCACUGAACUCGCCCGCGACUCGCACAAGUACAGGGCCAAGAGAGACCGCAAGAUACAGAGAGCUACUUUCCGUGAUAUAUUGAAGUAUUUCGAGGAAGGCGAGGUAACAGCGAUGUCGGUGCGCGUGGGCAGCGAGACCGCGCGCUGGGAGUCGUGGGGCGGCGGCGCCGCGUACGCUGCGCUGGCCGCGGCGCUGGGCGGCGCGCUGCAGGCGCUGGCGCCGCGCUGCUCGCGCCUGCGCGCCGCGCUGGCGCUGGCGCCCGCGCCGCUCGCCGCCGCGCCCGCGCGCAAGCCCAACAAGCUGCAACGGCAUCUACAGAACACGGCAGCAUGCAAGGCCCGCACGGUCGCCCGCAACAAGAACCGCGACAAGCGGUCUGCGGCGCUCGCCAUCUGAGCCCGCAGCCCGCAGCUCCGGCAGCCGCAGCUCCCCGCAGCACCCGCACGGUUCCCGCAACACAUCUCCCUCUAGUUCUAGAGCUUAGUUUAACGCUAGCAUCGUCAAUUCGACGCCUUACUUCUAGUACGAGUAGUACGUAACAACACAACACUCGUGACGUUAGUGUUAGGUUAAAAUAGGCUAGUUGUUAACCAAAGAAAUUCGUAUUAUUUUGGAUAAACGGAACCGUCUAUUCUACGAGAUGUCUCGUUGCUCGUCAACUCUUCGUUUCUCGCAAUAUGUUCACUGUCAGAUCUCUGAGGCGUUCGGUCAUUCCUUUUGCGAAUUGAUGUAUUUUAAAUUAUUGAUAUUAUUGUGACCGAUGUUUUCAUAUCAUUUUGUAUUAUAGAACAUAUUCUUACUCCAUAUCUUGGUGAUUUGGGCUGUCGCUUAUUCAUUCCGAAGGUACUGAGUUACUGCCGGCACGUAGAACUUAACUGUUGCUAUUUUUAGUGAAAUAUUUUACUAUAAUUAUACUAAUGUUAUAUUAUUGAUAUUUUUUUGUAUUUAAAUUGACAGUUUUGUGUGUUAAUAUAGUAGAUUACAUUAUUUGUUAGAUUUACAACGUCAUUGCAAUGUUUGUUUACUUUCCAUGGAUUUACGUGUAUUAGUAAAAUCAAGUUGUGGAGUAAGGGCGUUAAUUUUAAUAACGGUUGAUAAAAUAGAUAUUAACUAUGACUUGUACUGCUCAUAUAUCUGGUGUAUAUGUGAUUCGUAUGUGUUUCCCGGUGAGGAUGAGUGCGUCUCAGUGCAAUUCAUACGUUUAUAUAUAAAGCCUCUCCGUAAAUAUUAUUUUAACUAGGAUUCGUUGCUACGGUCGUCAUGACUUGUAAUAUAUUAGGUUAAACGGAAAUGUUGAAAUAAUAUUUAUUAUGAGAA